AUGGAACGGGAGAGCACGUAUCGAUAUCAACCUCUGCCACCGAUUGCAGCAGAGGUUCGCACACCUUCGUUCACCCGACUCCUGUUCUUGUACCCAGGCUCGGGAGAAGAUCCCUUUGAAGCGCAUCUAGAAAUCGUCGACGUCGAGAAUGCGCCUCCUUACGAGGCUUUGUCUUACACGUGGGGAAAACCGACGGAACAGCCGAGGGACUACAUCUGGAUGCAAGGCUGUCCCAUUCCCAUGAAGCCAAACCUAGAAGAUGCUCUGCGGCUAUGGGUUGAUACACUCUGUAUUGACCAGUCUGACCUGGACGAGCGUGCUCGGCAGGUGCAGUACAUGAGGCUGGUCUACAAACACGCUGCUCGCGUUGUCGUAUGGCUCGGUCUCAAAACGUCCGGGACUCAUGAAGCAUUUCAAGCCGCGGAGAGGCUCGCGAGGAUCAGAGAAUUGACUCAUCCGGCGGCUACUGGACCUAACGGCGGCAUGGUUGAAGACCUACCGGAGACGUGCAUGAUCCAUCUAGAUGAGGUCUUUGAGCGUCCGUACUUCAGUCGUUGCUGGUGCGUGCAAGAGGUGGUGGCAUCUUCAAGGGCGAUUGCCAAGAUUGAGGACCUGGAAAUGUCCUUUUUCGAUUUGAUCGCCUCGUUGAUUGUGCUCGCGGGUUGGAAGAGCGAAAUCGUCAUUGACCGGCCCUACCAGUUGUGGAAUCUGAUUCUCAUUCGACGGCAGCCCAACAGCUUCCUCGGUCAGCCCGAGGUCGAGGGCUCGAUUGGAUCGUUUCUCGCACUUCUGGAGCUGACGCGGACGUUGCAGGCGACGGACGAUCGAGACAAGGUUUUUUCCCUCCUUGGUAUUUGCGACGAGGGGCUGAACCCCGUGCUGGCGUUGACGCAGAUCCAUGGCAACAAUGAUAGUUGGCGCAUUCGCUUGAUUCGUCGAGGCUUGACGCGGGUCAACAACUUUGUCAAUUGUCUUGCUCCGGAUCUCAACUUCGGCCGGCCGAGAGCUCUGCGGCCGGAUUACAAGAGGGAGACGGUGCUGGUAUACUGCGAUCUGACGAGGUUUCUCCUGCGCAAGCAGCCUCGGGUUCUGGACGUCCUCGACCACGUCCAGCAUGAUGAGGACCCUAGCCUUGGAGACUAUCCGUCUUGGGUUCCAAAGUGGUUUGACCCAAGGACAUGUUGCGUCUUCAAGGGGGCCUACCUCGCUGGCUUGUGUGAUGGGCAUUUUCGUUACUUUGCCGAGCUUCACGAUAUACCAGUCCGCGACGAUCCCGUGCGGCCAAAAGUUCUGUCUUUGGAUGGAUACCACGUCGAUGUGGUACAGCAAACGAGCGAAACAGUUGUCUUUGGAUUUGGGUCUCGAGCUGCUGCAGAAGCUAUCGUGCAGGCUUGGGAACAGCUUUUAGGUUUACCGAUCGCUCCUAGAAGCGGGAGAAAGUAUCGAGACAACAGCCUCCUGGACGUGGCAUUCUGUAAAGCCAUCUUGGCUGGUGAUCUGGGUUCCAUCAUUGGCUAUAGUCACCUCCUCACCAAGAACCAAGGCGGUUUGAACCCGCUGUUUGACGACCGCACUCACACAUCUCACGCUGAGCUCGAACGAGAGGCUCAAGACUUGGCGGAGACGUUGCUCGCUCAGAUGGCUGAGUUCGGGGUGCGCACCUACUUGAACAACCGAAAGGUGUUUGCGACCCGUGAUGGCCGUGUGGGCAUUGGGCCCAAGACGAUGCAGCCUGGGGACGAGGUCGUGGUUCUUUUUGGGGGCCGGAUGCCGUUCAUCGCACGGCAGAGAGGUGAUCAUCGACUGCUGAUUGGAAGCUGCUACUUGGUCGACGAAGAGCUGAUGUGGGGAAAGGUUACGGAGAAAGUGAGGUUUAAUCGUGGUGGUCCUCCGCGGGUGACUUUUGAGUUCCAUUGA